AUGACUACUCUUCAGGUUGAUCAUAUUCGUGCUAAGUUUCAUAUUGAUGAUUACAACCAAAAAGCACCUGAUGUCGCUAGACAAUUUGAACGAAUUCAUGAUGAAGUAAAUCCAAAUGUUGUAAUGACUUUUGGAGGUGAUGGUACAUUUUUGAAAGCAUUUCAUGAGAAUUAUCAUUUACAAUUACCAUACCUUGGUAUCAAUUGUGGAAAUCUUGGUUAUUUAAUUAAUCCUAUACAAGAAGUAAUGGAUUCAAUUGAAAAAAAUAAACCACUUAAAUGUUAUUCGUAUCCUUGUCUUAAAGUCGAUGCCUCAAAUGGAAGUACUCAGUUAUCCACUCAGUUCGCAUUCAAUGACGCAUGGAUUGAACGUUUAAAUGGUCAGUGUUGUUGGUUUGAAGUUAUUAUUAAUGGGGUUGUACGAAUACCUAAGUUGUGUUGUGAUGGAAUUGUUGUAUGUACACCAGCAGGAAGUACUGGAUAUUCUAAGUCUAUUGGAGUAAUGCCAAUUCCACCAAAUGCUAAUAUGAUUGGAUUUGUUCCAAAUAAUGCAAGUUAUCCUCUUGGAAUAAGACCAUUAUACUUACCAUUAGAUACAGAAGUUAUUAUUAAGAAUAUUCAACCAAAUAGAAGGAAAACUCGUGGGUUUUAUGAUGGUGUAGAAUUAAGUGAAAUUACUGAAUUAAAAAUAAAAGUAAUUGAAAAUGGAUGCAGAGUAAUUUAUGCCCAUGAAGAAAAUUUAAAUAAAACAUAUAUCAAUAAAGUAACUAAGGGUUUCUUUGAAUAA